CACAGCCAAAAAGAAUUUGAUUCCAUGCGUGUUUUGCUUUGUGGAGAUGCAACAAGAACCACAAUCGGCGAGGCAAAUUAAGAAGGUCUUGCAGCCGACAGCCAAUCCAAUCCAAUCCCACCGACUAAUUCCACCCUUUAAGGGUUUUCUUCUUCCUUCCUCCUCGUGUCUUCUUCCCACAUAUUCCACGUCUCUUCCCAUGGCGGCUCUUCAAUGCCCCCCUCCUUACCCACUGGGUUAUCAAUCCUCUGUUCAUUGCCUUAAAAUCCCACCUACCCAUCUACCCAUUUGCGCGAUUUUCCAAAUUUUUCCUGGAAUUUGAGUGUUUAAUCGAGGUAUGAGGCUGUAUGUGUAUGUAUUGGAGGCUAAGAAUCUCCUUGUGAAGGACUCGUUUGUGAAGCUACGGGUUGGGAGGCGUAAGGCUAAGACGAGGAUUAUGAGGAACUGUUCUAAUCCUGUUUGGAAUGAGGAGUUCAUUUUUAAGUUUCGUGAUGUGGAUGAGGAACUGGUUGUUUCUGUUUAUGAGCAUAGUGAUGAGUCCAGAUUCUUCCAUGGUUCAUCGGGGUUGAUUGGUCGGGUUCGGAUUCCGAUAUGGAUGGUUGCUGAUGAGGAUUCACAGACGCUGCCGCCCACUUGGUUUGAUGUGCGAAGGUCUGGAACUGAGAAGUUCAUCAAUGAAGUUGCUGGGAAAGUGCUCCUUAUUGUCUCAUUACAUGGGAAAGUCAAUGUACUUAAUCAAUCAAGUGUUACUAAUGCUAAACAAUUGGAAGACUCGUCUGCCAUUUCACAGGAUUUGGUCGGCUCGAAAUCUUCGUCCAGCAAGUCUAUCAAAGGGAAGUUUAACAAGAAGAGCAUCGUGACUCGAUUGGAGAGACUGUUCCAUAAGAGCGAUGAGGAUACAAGAACAGAUAAUUCUUCGGAGUUAUCAAGUGGCAUAUCUGAUAACGAAGAGCGCAUAGACGAACAUCCCUCGGAAUGUAGCUUUGAUGAAGCGAUUGAGACGCUGCAGUCGAGGAGAAGUGAACAGGAAAUGCCAGAGAAUCUACUGGGCGGCGUUCUUGUCGAUCAAGUGUAUGUAGUUUCACCUGGUGAUUUGAACAAACUUCUGUUUGCUCCAGAUUCCAAGUUCAGGAGAGAACUAGCAGAACUUCAGGGAACAACAAAUUUAGAAGAAGGAAACUGGUCUUGGAAGCAAGGGGACGUACCGUGUCUAUCACGGAUCGUUUCUUAUCGAAAAGCUGCAACGAAGGUCGUUGGAGCUAUUAAUGCUACCGAGGAGCAAACCUACAUCAAAGGGGACGGAUGGGAAUUCGCUGUCUUCGUAAACGUAAGUACACCCGAAGUUCCAUUUGGUAAUGCCUUCAAUGUUGAGUUACUUUACAAGAUAAUGUCUGGUCCUGAGCUAACCUCUGGAGAAGAGACGUCCCAUUUGGUAGUCUCUUGGGGCAUAAACUUCCUCCAUAGUACAAUGAUGAAAGGGAUGAUUGAAAAAGGCGUUCGACAGGGUAUGGAGGAAAGUUUUGUUCAAUUUACGAACGUGCUGGCACAGCAUUUAAAAGUACCGAAUUCAACCGAGUUACCGAACAAGGAUCUUGUGUUGUCGAGAUCUGAAAGUGACCGCCAAUCGGAUUUCGAAUUGGCCCGAAAAUACUUCUGGAACUUCACUGUAGUUUCUACCGUUUUCGUGCUGCUGUACAUACUUGCGCAUAUUACGCUUUCUAAGUCCAAAACAAUGCAAGGCUUGGAAUUCACUGGAUUGGAUUUGCCAGAUAGUUUAGGAGAACUUGUUACUGGUGGGAUUUUAGUUCUUCAAUUGGAACGUGUUUAUAAGAUGGUCUCACAUUUCAUUCAAGCUAGGCUAAAAAGAGAAGGUGACCAUGGUGUCAAAGGCCAAGGAAAUGGAUGGAUACUAACCGUUGCUCUUAUCGAAGGGGUGAACAUUUCGUCCUUGGAUUCUUCGGGUUCUUCGGACCCGUGUGUGGUUUUCACAUGCAAUGGUGAAAAAAGAACGAGCUCCGUUGAGCUUCAAACUCAUGAGCCUCAAUGGAAUGAGAUACUCGAGUUCGAUGCUAUGAAGGAACCCCCAUCAGUAUUAUAUGUGGAGGUUUUCGACUUCGAUGGUCCACUCGACCAGGCUACCUCGCUCGGGCACGCAGAGAUCAAUUUCCUAAAAUAUAAAUCAACUGAACUUGCAGAUUUAUGGGUUCCUCUUGAGGGGAAGCUUGCUCAGUCUUCUCAGUCCAAGCUGCACUUGAGAAUCUUCUUAGAUAAUACCGAUGGAGUCGAAACGAUGAGACAGUACUUGUCUAUGAAGGGAAAGGAGGUCGGGAAGAAGCUCCAUCCAAGGUCGCCUUACAGGAACUCGACGUUUCAGAAACUUUUCGGGUUGCCAGCCGAAGAGUUUCUCGUCAGCGACUUCACUUGUUCCCUGAGAAGAAAAAUGCUUCUUCAGGGAAGACUAUUUCUAUCUGCCAGAAUCAUUGGGUUUUAUGCCAAUAUUUUUGGACAGAAAACAAAAUUUUUCUUUCUUUGGGAGGACAUUGAAGAUAUUCGAGUACUUCACCCGUCCCUCGCCUCUCUGGGUAGCCCGUCAUUGGUUAUAAUCCUUAAAAAAGGUCGAGGUCUCGAAGCAAGUCACGGUGCUAAGAUCCAAGACGAACAAGGAAGGCUCAGGUUUUACCUCCAAUCAUUUGUUUCAUUCAAUGUAGCCAGCAGGACGAUUAUGGGGAUGUGGAGAACAAGAACGUCGACCCUCGAUCAGAAAGUACAAGCUUCUGGAACGCCGAAUGAUUAGGAAGAAAGAUAAAGUCAUUCGAUGAAGUUUUUUUUUGGAGGAUGGCAAGGUAGAGCACGGAGUGUACAGAACAAUCUGGAACGACACGAUAGCUCGUGGGAAUUCAUGAGACCUGAUAUCACAUUCGAAGUUACAUUUCUACCCAUCCAACACAGCAUUCUGGCAUUAGGAGGAGGUUGGGUUCGAUUCUUGGCCGAGCCAGUCCGGGCGGAGAAAUCCAACAUUGGUUAGGAGGAGGUUGGGUUCGAUUUCUGGGCCGGGCCAGGCCGGGCGGAGAAAUCCAAUAUGGGUUAGGAGGAGGUUGGGUUCGAUUUCCGGAGGAGGUUGGAUUCGAUUUCUGGGCCAGAAGGGACGGAGAAAUCCAACAUCGAUUAGGAGGAACCUGGACGGAGAAAUCCAACAUCGAUUAGGAGGAGGUUGGGUUCGAUUUCUGGGAUGGCGGAGAAAUCCCAUUAG